GAGAAUUUGGAGAAGUCUGUAGUGGACGAUUGAAGACACCAGGGAAAAGAGAGAUCCCCGUUGCCAUCAAAACUUUAAAAGGUGGCCACAUGGAUCGACAAAGAAGAGAUUUUCUAAGAGAAGCUAGUAUCAUGGGUCAGUUUGAUCACCCAAAUAUCAUUCGGCUGGAAGGUGUUGUCACAAAAAGAUCCUUCCUGGCCAUUGGGGUGGAGGCGUUUUGCCCCAGCUUCCUGAGGGCAGGGUUUUUAAAUAGCAUCCAGGCCCCGCAUCCAGUGCCAGGGGGAGGAUCUCUGCCCCCCAGGAUUCCUGCUGGCAGACCAGUAAUGAUUGUGGUGGAAUAUAUGGAGAAUGGAUCCCUAGACUCCUUUUUGCGGAAACAUGAUGGCCAUUUCACAGUCAUCCAGUUGGUUGGUAUGCUCCGAGGCAUUGCAUCAGGAAUGAAGUAUCUUUCUGAUAUGGGAUAUGUUCAUCGGGAUCUAGCAGCUAGGAAUAUAUUGGUCAACAGCAACUUAGUAUGCAAAGUUUCCGAUUUUGGUCUCUCCCGGGUGCUGGAAGAUGAUCCAGAAGCUGCUUAUACAACAACUGGUGGGAAAAUUCCAAUAAGGUGGACAGCCCCAGAAGCUAUUGCCUAUAGGAAAUUCUCCUCGGCAAGUGACGCAUGGAGUUAUGGCAUUGUCAUGUGGGAGGUCAUGUCCUACGGAGAGAGACCUUAUUGGGAAAUGUCUAAUCAAGAUGUCAUUCUGUCCAUUGAAGAAGGUUAUAGACUUCCGGCUCCCAUGGGCUGUCCAGCAUCUCUACACCAGAUGAUGCUCCAUUGCUGGCAGAAGGAGAGAAACCACAGACCAAAAUUUACUGACAUUGUCAGCUUCCUUGACAAACUGAUCCGCAAUCCCAGUGCCCUUCACACCCUGGUGGAGGACAUCCUUGUGGUUAACGGACCCCACAGCCAGUGCCCAUCAACAGAGCUCUCUAACUGUUCUAUGGCUGUGGAAGCAGACAGAAUGCCAGAAUCUCCUGGUGAAGUUCCUGAAUAUCCUUUGUUUGUCACAGUUGGUGACUGGCUGGAUUCUAUAAAGAUGGGACAAUAUAAGAAUAACUUCAUGGCAGCAGGGUUUACGACUUUUGACCUGAUUUCAAGAAUGAGCAUUGAUGAUAUUAGAAGAAUUGGAGUCAUACUCAUUGGACACCAGAGACGAAUAGUCAGCAGUAUCCAAACUUUGCGUUUACACAUGAUGCACAUACAAGAGAAAGGAUUUCAUGUAUGA